GUUGAAGAGAUACGAUCAUUAUCUUAGGAAUAAUAAUGGCAUCCCCAGCAGCUAGGAAACGCCUGAUGAAGGAGAACUUAGGGAUGCAGCAGCAGCCACCACCGUUUGGAUUCGCAAGACCAGACGAAAAGGAUAUUCUGAAGUGGCAUUAUGUACUACGCGGACCACCAGACAGUCCAUAUAUGGGUGGUGAAUACCAUGGCACACUGGCAUUUCCAGCGCAAUACCCGUUCAAACCACCGGAGAUUAGAAUGAUAACACCAUCGGGGAGAUUUCAGCCGAAUACGAGCAUCUGCACGACAUUCUCGUCAUUCCAUCCGGCAUCGUGGAAUCCAGCCUGGAGCGUAGCUAGUAUAUUGACUGGUCUUCUGUCAUUCUUUCUGGAUGACGAGAUUGGUACAGGUGGAAUUAGGGCUACGAGAUCUGAGAGAUUGUUAUUGGCAUCUAAAUCACGGACAUUCAAUAGACAGAAUAAGCAAUUUGUAGAGAUAUUCUCAGAUUUGCUUGAAGCGGAUGCUGAGCCAAAUUUGGAUCAGAUACUAGACAAAGCAGCGCCACACCCUCUAUUACCUCCCGCACCCCCAUCUCAGCCACAUCUCCUCCAGACGUCAGCCUCAAAACCGGAGCGCAGUACAUGGGAGAGAUGGCGCUGGGCAAUAUUAUUACUGCUUGCCGUUCUGAUAUCUAGGAUAUCGCAUCAUUAAUUAUUGUACUUUUGUAAUUUUUCUUUAUAAAUGCUUUUUGAGUAU